AUAAAGUGCACCAGAAAGCUGUCUUCUCCAAACCGCAAGUGCCAGAGAUCAAAAUGACUGCUCCCUCUUCACCCAAGCUCCGGGUCGCCAUCCUUGGCUGUGGCCGUAUGGGCCAGCGCCACGCACACAAUGUACGCAUUAUAAUCCUCUGGCUUGACAAUGGGCUGACCUCGUAACCGCCUCCAUUCAUAUCUCUACAUAAUUCCAGUUCCAUAACCUCAUGCCCCGUGCAGAGGUCGUCGCUAUAGCCGAUCCCAGUCCCCUUGCCGCCAAAUGGGCUCAGGAGCAUCUUCCCGGCGUGCCAUGUUAUGCCGAUCCCGAGCAGAUCUUCAACCUCCCCAAAGUUGAUGCCGUAGUCAUCUCUACCAUCACUAGCACUCACGCCCCCUUGACCAUCAAAGCUAUUGAGCACGGGCUUCAUGUUUUGCUUGAGAAGCCCAUCUCCAUCGAUGUGGAAGACACCAGGCCUGUUGUCGACGCCGCCAGUAAGAAGCCCGAAGUGAAGGUCAUGAUCGGGUUCGUUCGGCGCUACGAUCAAGCCUUGAACGGUCUUGCAGGCGAACUUGUAGGAUCGAAGCUCGGAAAGCCUUACCUCCUCAAAAGUACCUCUAUGGACCCCUACGACGAAACUGGAUUCUUUGUGGCUUAUGCCCGGGCCUCUGGCGGCAUCUUUAUGGACUGCGGUAUUCAUGACAUUGACAUGUCUCGUUGGCUCCUCUCUCUCCCCUCCGGCACACCCAUCAAACCCACCCGCAUCACUGCAUCUGGCCUUAUCACCGCCCACCCCGAGCUCGCCGACCAAGGCGACUGCGACAACGCCCUCGCCAUCAUUGAAUACGAUAACGGCUCUUCUUGCACUUUGCACCUAAGCAGAACCGGGAUGGCUGGGUAUGAGAGUCGGGUGGAAGUGUACGGAAAGGGCGGAAAGCAAGUCAUCACGAAGGCUGCUGGAGCUCCGUUCGAGAGUGCCGAAGCUGGUACCGCGGAUAUGCCCUCAUACAUGGACCGCUACGGGGAGGCAUUCAUCCACGAGGCAAAAGCCUUCAUUGACUGUGUCCUGGACGAUACCCCAUCUCGGUCGUCAGUGUAUGACGGUCUUCAAGCGGCUCUGAUCGCGAAAGCUUUGACUCACUCAUUCAAGACUGGUAAAGCUGUCGAGUUUGAUAAAGAUGGGGAGCCGGUCCUGCUUUGAGCAUCUCGUACAAGAAGAUCCUGGAAGGUGUAACAUUCGCUCGGGGUUUGCGGAUGUGAAGUAGGAAUGUAUAUACUACAUGCAGACGUAUGAAGUGCA